AUGUCGCCGGUGGAUCAGCAAGCAGCAGCAGCAGCUCUCGCAGUUUGUGAUGCAGGCAGCAAGGAGCAGGUUACGGCGGCUGGCAUCGUCUUGGUGCAAGGAACAACAAGUUUGUCGUCACAGCCAGGAAAUCAGCAGUGCAUCGCGGGAGAGCACCUGGAGAUCAAACAGCAUAAAAUUUCAAACAGGAGACAGAAGAAGAAGAAACAAGAACUGGGAGGACUAGAACCCUGCUUCAUCGUGCCCGUCUCCUCGGAAGAAGUUCUCCUCUAUAUCAACUCAGGCCGACACUGGUGGAGACGAGGCGGUUCAGAACCAGUCGAGAUUGGAUUAAAGCUGGGAAGGGUAGAUAUGGAUCGGUCUAGAAGUCGACGUCGUCGAGGCGACCCUCCUCAAAUCCCAGAACAGGUUCAGAUUGAUGAUUCUCCAGUGUACAGAAUAGAAAGAAAACUGGGAAAGGGAAGCUUCGGGCAAGUUUAUGUUGGUCGAGCAAUCAGUCCUUCAAUUCCAUAUGAUCAAACUGGUGUGGAAGCAGCAGAAGUGGCCAUAAAGUUCAAGCAUAAAGACAGCAAAGGAUGUGAAGGUGGCACCCCUCAUGAGUGGAAAGUUUAUGAUGAUCUGGGUGAAAGUCAUGGCAUACCACUGCCACGAUUACAUUACAAGGGGCAACAAGGUGACUAUUAUGUCACGGUAAUGGAUUUGCUUGGACCUAGUUUACAAGCCACUUCAGACGACAAUAGACCAACCCUUCCAUUAGGUGCAAUUGCAUGUAUUGCUGUUGAAGCUAUCUCUAUACUAGAGAAGCUGCACUCUAGAGGGUACAUCCAUGGUGACAUAAAACCAGGUAACUUUUUGCUUGGUCCUCCAGGAACUCCUGAAAAGAAAAAAUUGUUUCUGACUGACCUUGGAUUAGCUACAAGAUGGCAAGACGCCUCCACAGGUUCGCACAUUAAGUACAACCAAACUCCAGAUGAUUUCAGGGGAACAAUUCCUUUUGCUAGUGUACACACUCAGCUUGGUAGAACAAGUAGCAGAAGAAAUGACCUAGAGUCUCUGGUUUACAUGCUCAUUUAUCUCAUCCACGGUCGUUUGCCCUGGCAAAGUCAUCAGGGAGGAGAUAAAGCUUUCCCUGUUUGCAAGCAAAAGAUGGCCACUUCUCCAAACGCCCUGUGUUUUUUAUGUCCUAAGCCUUACCAGCAGUUCACCACAUUUGUGCUUCAUCUGAAAUUCGAUGAAGAUCCAAACUAUGCUGGGUACAUUUCUCUCUUCCACGGGAUCAUUCGUGAAAAUCCAUACGUUUGGCCUGUGCACAUCGAUGUUACUCAUGAGGUACCACAUAAGCGAGCACGGUUAAACGAUGACAGAGAGCCAUCACAGUUUAUACGGACGGGGUUGAAAGGAAAACAAUGGAUAAUCGUUUACCGUGUGCAUCCACCCAUGAAACAAAGAUAUUUCUAUAAUUUGGACGAUGCCAACCUCAAAUCACACUUUGAGAAGGGAGAUGAGGAGGGAAUGUAUGUCACCAAUGUGGCUUACUGUUCUAACACAAAUUCAUGGACCGUCAUAAUGGAUGACAGCACCGGCUACACUGAUCAAUGGCUUGUUGGUUUUUCGCAACGCACUCCUCCCAAGGAAUGGAUUGAGAAACAAUGGUUGGAGAACUUCUACAUCACUGCAGUGGCUGGAGCAGAUAAGGGCGGAUUUUUACUUGUAAUGUCCAAGGGGACCCAUAUCACUCAGCAGUAUUUUCAUGUUGCUAAUACAUUCCCUUUCGAGUGGAUCAAGAAGAAGUGGGCAAAAGGUUUUCGUGUCACCGCGUUGGCCACUUCCAGGAGCCGGUGGGCAGUAGUUCUGUCCAGUGGAACCAGAUUUACCGACCAGGCCGUAGAGCUAGACUUUCAGUAUCCUGAGGAAGGCGUUCAUGAAAGGGCGAAGCAGGGCUAUUAUAUCACUUCGGUUGCAGCCACUCCGGAUGAGGUUGCUAUUAUAUUUAGUAAAUCAGAGGGAGUACCAGCGACUGCAAGUGUGGAGCAAGAGACGCUUCUGACUUACGGUUUUCCUGUAGAUUUUCGGAUCAAGGUGAUUAGUUUGGCCUUUACCAGCGUCUAUUUGGUUGCAUUUGCUCUGGUUCACCAAGCACUUGUUCUCGUCUUCUGCAGGAGAAGCAGAUUUUGUAAGAAGCAACUUCAACAAGUUGUCUAA